AUGGCAUCUUUCUCUAUUCAGAUUAAUGGCGAGUUGGCGGGAUAUUUCAAUAGCAAGAGGGGUUUGUGUCAAGGCUGUGCACUAUCUCCAUACCUAUUCGUGAUAAGCAUGCAAGUUUUGUCAAAACUUCUUGAUAAAGCUGCAAAGGAAAAGCAAAUAGGUUACCACCCGUAUUGUAAAGAGUUGAACCUGACUCACAUUUGCUUUGCGGAUGAUGUAUUGGUGUUCUCAGAUGGAAAGAAGAGAUCUAUUGAAGGCAUUUUGGCGGUUCUUAAAGAAUUUGCGAGAAUGUCGGGGCUUAAUAUCAGUUUAGAGAAGUCUACUCUAUAUCUGGCUGGAGUUAAAGCAGAGGAUAGUGCUUCUAUACUGGAUCAAUUCCCUUUUGAAGCAGGCUCUCUUCCGGAAAUUAAUAGUAUAUGCUCUGCGUUCCUCUGGUCUGGCCCGGCACUGUUAGCUCAGAAAGCAAAGAUUGCAUGGAUAGACUGGAUUUGGAAGUAUCUUAUACGUAAAGGAUCGUUCUGGAGUGUGAAGGAGAGGAGUAGUCUUGGAUCAUGGAUGUGGAAGAAGUUAUUACAGCUCAGACCGCUGGCUCUGCAGCUAACUAAAGUGGAGAUUAACAAUGGUUCUACUACAUCUUUUUGGUUUGAAAGAUGGUCCCAAUUGGGUAAAUUGAUUGAAUUAACUGGAGAGAGAGGGUGUCUCAUGCUUGACAUACCUAUAAAUUCUACAGUUGAGAGGGUUGUUCAGACAUACAGAGCUAGGGAUCACAGAGACCCUGUUUCCCGACAAAUAGAGCAGGAAAUUAUGGCUUUGCGAAACCGAGGCCUUAAUCAGAUGGAAGAUGUAUGUCUGUGGAAAAGGGAGACAGGCUACUAUAAGGAAGGCUUCCUCACGUCUCAAACAUGGGAGCUGAUCAGAAUUAAAUCGCCAAGAGUGAUGUGGCACAAAGGCAUUUGGUUCCAGGAAGGUACUCCUAAAUUCUCCUUCAUAACAUGGCUUGCAGUUCAUGAUAGGCUAGCAACGGGUGAUAGGAUUCUUCGCUGGAAUCCUAGAGCCAUAUCAUCCUGCUGGCUAUGUAACUCGGCAACUGAAUCUAGAGACCAUUUAUUCUUUGAGUGUCUUUACUCUAGAGAAGUUUGGUAUGGAACUAUUGGUGAUUUGGCGGGCAAUAGAAGUCUACAUAGAUGGUCUCAGAUCAUUCAGUUCUUGGCAAAUGGUCUACAUGAGAGAAAUCUGACAUUUCUACUGAGGUAUAGCUUCCAAGUAGUGCUAUAUGCAGUUUGGCAUGAGAGAAAUGUGAGAAGGGUUGGUGAAACAUCUCAGCCAGCAGCUUGUUUGAUUGCAAGAUUAGACAAGUUGGAAAACAGGGCACGGUGGCCAUACGGGGACAAGAAGAAGAAAACAGUGAGCGAUUCGGAGCUGUCGAAUGAUUUAGCCAGAGAAAUCGGGAACGCAAACACUGUCUCUGAACAGAAACGAGAAGCGAUGAAGAAGAGCAGCGAGCUUGAUAGACCGCCUCUGUUUGAGGUUCUGUAUAGCUGA